GGAAAGCUAAUGGAAUUGAAACGAAGGAACUUGAAGGAAGAGCUUGAUGAAAGGAAUGAGCUCCAAUUUUAUUUACACAUAAUGUACCAGUAGAUUAGUAGGUAGUACUAACUAGUGCGCGUUUGGUAACCAUGCAAGUUGUUUUAUUGCACUGUUUCGAGUAACUUGAAUUCAUCAAUAUAAAAUUAGUAAGACUGAAAUUUAAACAACUUCUGAAUGUUGGAGAAGUGUGUUCUACUUAGUUUAGUAUUGUCAAAGGUUUUAACCACCAUAAUCCAGAAUGUCGAAUACAUACUAUGACUAUUAUGACGGCAGUAAAAUAUUUCAAUUCAUUUCAAACCACAUUGGUCUUCCAUUAGAUAUUGUUAAUUUUUUGAUCGCACAAAUAGCUGCACUAUGCCUGGCCAGACUGUUUCGGAAACCAUUGAGACUUGCUUCACCAGAGUUUCGUCAUUCUUUGUGCCUUUUCAUAGGUUUAUUUAUGGGAUAUUUCUGCUUUGGAAAACAAGCAAUACAUUUAUCAGUACUGCCUAUGAUGUCAUACAUUUUACUGAAGACUAUACCUGAACAUGUAAUGGCGAACGGUGUAUUAGCAGCAUCAAUGAUUUACUUGUCAUGCCUACAUUUACACCGACAGCUGUAUCAUACAGCGGAUUACUCCUUGGAUAUUACAGGUCCCCUCAUGGUGAUAACGCAAAGAGUGACGUCAUUGGCCACAUCCUUGCAAGAUAGUUUAAUGAAGAAAGAGAUUAACUCAAACUGUUCGAGUCGACCGGAUGAGGAGUCCAAAGUGGACAAAAUGCCGUCUCCACUUGAAUUUUUCUCCUAUACAUUAGCAUUUCAAACGUUAAUGUGUGGCCCAGUCGUGUUCUACAAUGAUUAUAUCAGAUUUAUUGAAGGCAGAAAAAUCAACGGGCCGGAUAAGGACAUCGAGUCUUCCGAGCCGUCGCCACGGCGAGCUGUGUUGUACAAAGUUUGCGGUUCCGUAGCCGCUGCCUUCCUGUACCUCACUCUAUCAAAGAAAUAUCCGAUGGAUGUUAUAAAAGAAUUAAUGGACCCGACAUCGGAAGUGUCGCGCACAUGGUCCGCCUUGUACCUCCUAUGGUACACGAACCUAUCCGUAAUGCUGUUCCGCUGCAAGUACUACCACGCGUGGCUUCUCUCGGAGGCGAUCUGUAAUAACUCCGGAAUGGGAUUCAACGGGUACGACAACCACGGCGUGCCCAAGUGGGACAAAGUUUCCAAUAUUGAUGUCAUCGGAUUUGAGUUCGCGCAAAACUUCCGCACGGCGAUCGCGUGCUGGAACAAGAACACGAACGCGUGGCUCCGCGCCGUGGCGUACGAGCGAGGCGGCGCCGCGUACCGCACCGUGCGCGUGUACGCGUUGUCGGCCGUGUGGCACGGGUUCUACCCCGGGUACUACUUCACUUUCUUCGCAGGCGGGUUGUUCACAGUGGCGGCUAGGAAGAUUCGCAUCGUAGUCCGGCCCAUGUUUCUAGGUAGCCGCUACAAAAAGAUGUUCUACGACGCAGUGUCUCUAGUGACCACACGGAUAGCUAUGACAUACGCCACGGCGCCGUUCAUACUGCUUCAUCUGGGACCAAGUCUCGCUUUUUAUGGGAAACUGUACUACUCCUUACAUUUUUUGGCGUUGGGCGCGCUUCUCUUGCCUGCCGGAAGCAGACAUUCCGGAAAGGCACAAUCAACUCAAAAUCUACCACAAAAUUCUUCCCUUGUUGGUGCGGAAUUAAAUCCGCUUGGUUCCUCCACUACUAUAGCUACUGCUGUUGAAAAUACUGGGGAAACCAAUGGGAAAUUGAAGAUAUCUUAGAUGUUUUAUUUUUCAUUUUUUUUGGAUAUUGAAAACUAAUGUUACAAGAAUGAAUCACAUGUGAUAAUUUCGCGGGUCAGAAUGUCUAUGCAUCACUGUAAUGUAUAUAAUGUUUAGUAAUAACUAGAGAUCGGAUAAUCGGAUGCAUUUUUACCUAAACUAAUAUUUUGGCUAAGAAAGUAUAGAGGCGGCUUUUUGCUUUCGGGAUUCGAAUUAUUUUGAGUCCCGGAAAUUUUAUUAACCAAGAAAUUGAAACUUAUCGUUUAUUAGAUAUGAUAAACACCUUUAUAAAUAUAAGUGAUGGAUGAUAUUUAUUAAAAAAUUACCGGGAUUCCAGAAUUAUACCGCGUGAUUUUUUAGUCAGUACGAAUACAGUUCGAAUACAUAAUUAGAACAUUAAGUGUAUCAUUGCCGAAUCCCGGAAUUUUUGAGGUACAGAAGUACGUUCCAUACUAACCCAACACCCUAACUUUAGGUAAAUAUGCAUCCGAUUAUCCGAUCUGUGGUAAUAACUACAACUUUAUUGCACAAACAAAUUUUAUAUGCAUUUAAUCUGUUAUGUGAAUGUGUGGAGUAUAGGUAUUUAUAAUGAAAUUUGAAAAUAUAUUCUAUUUUGUUUUUAAUUAUUAACGGGUGUAAAUGGCACAAAAUAUUUUAAAAAUUAGUUUUAGAAGACAGAAGUUUAUUUUAUACAGAUCCAAUGUACUUUUAUGGUGUUUCUUUAUGUGCUUUAGAAAUAUAUGUCCAUAUACCUUUGAUAAUAUUGUUGAAAAGUGUUAAAUAACAAUAUCAGAUAAUAUUUCCUGUGUGCGUAAGGUUCCGACACUGGUAGACUUUGAUUUUCCAAUACAUAUCUAUUUAAAAGAAGUCUUAAGGAAUUACUAAUAAUUGCCGCACUUGCAGUGUAUGUCUGUUUUUUCAUAUUUCUUCAUGUGAUUUGCCUUUUUUAUUUCUUCUACGUAUUGUUUUAUUUUAUUUUAAUAUGGUCACAAAGUCUCAGUCAAAGACAAAUGUUUCAACUUUUGAUAAAACUCACUAAUAAGAAAUAUAAUGGUAAAUAAUUCUGCUACAACUUUAUAGGGAAAAAGUGUUAAUAAAGUAAUAAUUUAUACUAAAUUGGGUAUAUUUAUUCUAAUUUCCAAAAAAAAAAACUGAAAUACAAAUUUCAUGUCUUGUGUGAGUGCUCUGGAUUUCCGAACAACAACAACUAUUUUGAGACUUUAUUACAGAGUUUAUUAUAAUCGAUUUAAUGCAUUAAUUACCAGUGCCAUUAAAAAUUAUUGAAUAUAUUGAUAUAGUAUGUAUAUAUCAAAGAAAGAUUCUAUAAUAAGAUAAUUAGUUCUUAUUGUAAAGUUGUAUUAUGUCUCCACAAUUUUAAAACUUUCAUAUUACUAAUUUUAUGUUUAUUUUCAGAAGUAUUAUGUUGAAUUUAUUUGAAUGGGUUGUGUUAUGUUACCAGUUGUGUUUUAUACAAAAGUCUAAAUAAUAACUGAAAAUGCCAUUAGGAGAAAAGCUUUAUUUUAUUACUUGAGAGAAGUGUUUGAAAAGCAAUAUUCCAAUACUGUACUUUGUAUAUUAAUUUAUUUGGUUAAGUUGCAGAGAUAUUUUGAAUUGCAAAUUUGAUUACUGUUAACAUUUAAAUUAUUAAAAUUGACAAAGGGCUAAAGGUCUGUUUAAUUUUAAAAGCUAUAUGAGCUAAGGUUAUGAUGUGACAGUCAGUUGACAAUUGGCUAUUUAGAAACUGAUUGUAGGUUGUGGUAGAAAAUAGGUAGUUUUGACUGUUAAGGCCAUAUCAGUAUAAUGCUGUUUGCUUUAUUGGUGACCAGAUACCUGUCACUAUAAUACCUCAGUAUGGAAUUGUAUUUAAUUUUGUUAAUUACUAGUUUUAUAUUAAUGUAUUUUACAUGGUUAAAUUAUAUAUUUUAUGUAAA